UGUAGUGAGAUUAUAUUGGAGGCUUCUAGAAUCUUUCACGUGAAUCAGGCGUGAAAAGGGCGAUAGAAAUCCAUCCUCAUCUAGAAAUCAGCUCAUGAGAUCUCCAAUUUUCACGUAAAAAUGUCUUCUAUGGGAUCUCUUGCUUUCGAUGAAUAUGGUCGGCCUUUCAUCAUCAUCAGAGAUCAAGACUCUAAGUCGAGAUUAACUGGGAUCGAAGCCCAGAAGUCUCAUAUUCUUGCUGCUAAGACGGUCGCUAACACAUUACGAACUUCAUUAGGUCCAAAUGGCUUGGAUAAAAUGCUUCUCAGCCCUGAUGGUGAGGUAACAGUAACUAACGAUGGAGCCACCAUUUUGGACAAGAUGGACGUGGACCACCAGAUUGCUAAGCUCAUGGUCCAACUCGCCAAGUCACAAGAUGAUGAGAUUGGAGAUGGCACAACCGGUGUUGUUGUUCUUGCUGGAGCCUUGCUGGAGAAGGCAGAGCAGCUCCUGGAUAGGGGGGUCCAUCCAAUCCGUAUCGCUGAUGGCUACGACAUGGCUGCCAGGAUAGCUACCAGGAGAUUAGAUGAGAUUGCAGAUGCCUAUGAUGUCAGCCCAGACAACCUUGAACCACUUAUCCAGACAGCCAUGACUACUCUGGGAUCAAAAAUCAUCAGUCGUUUCCAGAGGAAAAUGGCCGAGAUCGCUGUCAACGCCAUCAUGGCCGUAGCUGACCUUGAGAGGAGGGAUGUUGACUUUGAGCUCAUCAAGGUCGAUAGCAAGGUGGGAGGCAAGCUAGAAGACACCAUGCUGGUCAAGGGUGUGGUCGUUGACAAGGACUUCAGUCAUCCCCAGAUGCCAAAGGAAGUAAAAGAUGCCAAGAUAGCUAUCCUGACAUGCCCUUUUGAACCACCCAAGCCUAAGACUACACAUAAACUUGAUAUCAAAUCGGUGGAAGACUACAAGAAACUCAGGGAAUACGAGAAGAAAAAGUUCACAGAGAUGGUGGAACAGGUGAAAGCAACAGGAGCUAAUCUUGCUAUCUGUCAGUGGGGCUUUGAUGAUGAGGCUAAUCAUCUUCUACUACAAAGAGAGCUACCAGCUGUCCGCUGGGUCGGAGGUCCAGAAAUAGAGCUGAUUGCCAUUGCUACUGGUGGACGCAUUGUACCCAGGUUUAGUGAGCUGACAGCCGACAAGCUGGGCAAGGCAGGCAUCGUCCGAGAGAUCGACUUUGGUACGACCAGGGAUAAGAUGCUGGUGAUCGAGGAUUGCCAUAAUUCAAGAGCAGUCACCAUCUUCAUUAGAGGAGGCAACAAGAUGAUUGUUGAAGAAACAAAGCGCAGUCUUCAUGAUGCCUUGUGUGUCAUUAGGAAUCUGGUCAAGAGUGGCAAUAUUGUAUAUGGUGGAGGUGCAUCUGAGAUUGCUUGCUCACUUGCAGUCAGUCAACAAGCUGAAUGGGUAUCGACCAUAGAACAGUAUGCCAUGCAUGCAUUUGCUGAAGCCCUUGAGUCUAUCCCUAUGGCCCUUGCAGAAAACAGUGGUCUUCACCCAAUCCGCACAGUGGCUGAUGUCAAGUCAAGACAGCUGAAGGAGAACAACUCUAGAUUAGGCAUUGACUGUAUGGGCAACGGAACCAAUGACAUGAAGGAGCAGCAUGUGUUUGAGACUCUGAUUGGCAAGAAGCAACAGAUCAACCUAGCUUCUCAGCUCGUCAGGAUGAUCCUGAAAAUAGAUGACAUCAGAGCACCAGGAGGUUAUUAAGCACACCCUCACAAGUGCUUUAAUAGCAAGUAGUGUAGAUAAUUUAUAUGCAAAGGGAGCAAAUGUUAAAGGCAUCAGCCAAAGGAAAGGCACUUGGUAUGUUAAGGGCUGUUCACAUAUCAUCAGUAAUGAUAACAAUUGGUGUAUGUAGAAAAAGGUAUGAACAGAGAAACCUGUAUAUAAAGACCACUCAAGAGAGGCAAAGAAAGUGGUCUUCAUAGGCAGUCGGUAUUUGUGAACAGGUUCCCUUCUUCAAGGGAAACAGUAAAUUACAGAAGGGUGGUCUUUCUAUACAGGCGGUUAUUAACGCAGGUUUCGCUUAACAUUUCAUGUAUUGAACAUUUUUCUUCUAUUCAAUACCUUUUCUACAAAGACCGAUUUUUAUCAUUAUAGUUAUCGAUGAUGUGUGGCCAGCCCUGUACUUGGACAUAUGACAGAAUUACCACAGAAAUGCCACAGUUGAUCUGAAGUUGUCUAAGCAAGAGAUCUAUUAUCUCAUGGGGGGAUAUGUGAUAACACUUCUUGAUGGGAAGCUGAAUAGAAGAGGUGAACGGGUGGUUUGACCUAACAUUUCUGUAAUUGCUUCUGUCUGUGUAAUGCAUUUGUUUAGCGGUUGUAGGAAGAUUUGCAUUUCCUCUGUUGUUCAUUGUAAAGAAGACCAUGUGGGUCUUGUAUGCUUUCAGCUGAUUUGACAUGAUAAGAGGAGAGUGGGUGUGCUUGGGUCAUGAGAUACACACUGGGUGCUUAUGCUCAUUCCUUGUAGAAACAUUUGUAUGCAGUUCAAGCAAAGAUAGUCUGCUUUGCAGCCCCUAGUCCAUAAUAAGGUUACUGAAUUAUUUGAAAACAUUUCUCUUGAGAUAUGUGCAAGCCUGUAUAUUAGUUUUGUUGAUUAUGUCAUGGUUUCGGGCAUAUUAUGACCCUUAUUCAGAGUACAGGGCGUAUCUCUGGCUGAUCAUUCCUUCUGUUAUUAACCAUAUAAUCUAUUUAGAGCCAGAAGGGCAUUAAAUCGUAUCAAUCGUUGGUAUUUAAGAGUGAACACACCUUCAGACUCAUGGCUGGUGAUAGCUUUGCAAACAUGCACAUAUUUUGGGGGAAUAUCAGUGGGCUUUAUCACUCAUUGGAUCAUUUAUCUCCCUGGAUUUGUAAACGAGAACUAUUUCUAUGGAAAGAAAUCUUCAUGAAUUGCAUAAAUUCAGUGUUUUUUCAGUUGUGAUCCGAUUAUUAAUUGCACAAAACAUUGGUGAAUCCCAACCAUUCGUAAUAUUUGCAAGUAUUUUUCUGGUCGGGUUGAAGACUCUUCUUGCAUUAGAAAAAGAUACGAGGUAGCCUUGAUGACGAGUAGUCAACAAGCAGGCAUGCUUCCGAUAAUUCUUAUCCCUGUUGAACCAAAAUAUACUAAAGAUAUCAAUUUCAAAAUUAUUGCAAUAUAAUGUAUAAAGCAGUGUGACCUUGUAGAUUUGAUGUGAAGUGGUGUAGUUUGUGGCAUUAUGUGAACGUUUCCCCAUUAUUUCAAUGUACUCACAUACAUUUGAAAGUUAACAGGUCAACAGUAAAAGUACUUCUCUUUCAGAGACAACAUCUAUAACACAAGUUUAAAAAAAAGGCGUUCAUUUAUAUUGCUAAAUUUAAGUGAUAAUGGGAAAGUGUAUUUCAUAUUCUGAUCAGUACAUGUUCAUAUUCUAUGCCAGUUGUGUGUAAAGUGUAAAUGUGUAUGAUUUUUUUCUUUUUUGUACUGAAUUGAAUAUGUAUUGACUUAAUAAAGAGCAUGAAAUAAACACACAAA